CGGGCGCUUGUGCGUUUGCUCGAUAUGCGUAUUUUGCAAGUGACCGUGCUACCGGUUUUAUCUUGAGUAAAACCGCUACGUUUGCUUUGCGACGCGACCACCCGCUGACUUCAGCGAGGCGUCCGUGUUGUUGCCAAAACGUGAUUGGCGAUUCGUCGAUCUCACGCUCGCCCAUCGUUGCCGAGCCCGCGUCGACUUGUCGGCAAGUCGGUUCGAGCCCGAAUCAUUCAUUGAAUAAUCGGUAUCUCUAGUGAGUAUGAUGUGUAUUUCAUUGAAAUGUUUGAUAUUUUUGAACAUAAACAUCUCAUGUCCUGUUUGAUUUGUUUGAUUCAUACCAUGACGGCACAUAUUAAUCAUAAAAAGACAAUAGCGCUUUCAUUUCAGCAAUUAUCCCCACGCAAGACAGCAAAAAGGCCAUCGCAAGUCAUUCAAAUGACAUUCAAGGUUUGUUUUUUUUUUUGCUUUUUAACUCAUCGGAUGGAAAGCUUCAAGAGCUCAUGAGGCUUCAUCUUGCCAUCACUCCAAAAAUACAACUGAGAAUGGUUGCUUCCACCGUCCGAUUCUUCAGUUUCGUCUUUGAAAAAUAUUUAGUUUCAUAAAAUGUGAAUACUAUUUUGUUAGUGUAUCACAAAACAAAAUAUGCUUUGUGUGAACUAAUAUCAUAAUAGGGACGGCUGGCUCGUUAAAUGGAGAGAGAACUCCUCCCUCUUUUUCAUUUGCACUACUCUUUUCUAUUUUUUUGAGAACACCUCCCUCUUUAUUUUAGCUUUUGUCUUUUGUUUUGAAUUGAUUUCAAUGUAUUUUUGAGAACUCCUCCGUCUAUGUAUUUUUCUAUUCUUGGAGAACUCCCUCUUUUGUUUUUCUAUGAGUUGAUUUAUUUUUAUUUUUAAGAACUCCUCCCUCGUCCCCUCCGAGAUGCAGCUCAAUGACGUCAAAUCCGGUACUGGCUCCGAUGCAUUUCAUAAUAAAAGUCACGCUUUCAUACGGCAGUUAAAUGACUGGGGGGAAAUGGGAAACGUGAGUGCCUCAACAAAUAUCUGUCAAAGGAGUCUUGAGACUGAUGUCAUAAUCGCGGGGAUGAACAAGACGCAGAUGUUAUGACCGAACAAUGAUGCAAACGAACGGGGUCUUCUUUAUCUUUUCUCCAUAACGACAUCAGGAGACGACGCAAAACUCUGAUUUUCCAUUUCUCCUUUGUGAACGUGAACGUGUCAAAGAGCUGCGGCAACAGCGAUGUAGCUUUAAUUGUGAAGCACCGCCAUCCCCCUUCGCCGGAAGUCGCCUUGUUGUUCGUCGCUGGGAGAGCCAUACAGGCGAAUGAGAAAAUCAAUUAAGUUAUGAAAAAUAGCAUUAAUUGCCUUUCUUUGUCGCCGCGGCUCGCGAAGAAAUGGCGGACGUGCGAACGUGGCUCGCUCGCGGAGCCACACGUCUCCUGUAACGGGGUGCGCUGCGGCGGCUGCGAGGAGGAGGACUACUUUCUCCGGUUAGAAUUCUUGGGAAAUCACUGGCAGAUGUCCAAUGAGCCGAUGGUUGUGGAAGUCUGCGGGGAGACGUUGCCAACAAAGGAGAGGCUGACUGGAAGAUGCCAAGGAAAAAACAGCAGCAUCCACAGCCAGUCAAGUUGAAUUCAAAAGCUGCCGUAGCCGCUGAAAGUGCAGGGAACUUCGCCUUCCGCACGGACUUCCUUCUGGAACACGACCUUCAAUUUGGUGAUCCUUGUGGCGACGGCAAGAUUCUUGGCCUGGAAAAAUUCUCAGAGGUAGCUGCUGAGAUCGGUUUCUCUGUGUACCCUCUGUGUGAUGAGGACAGCUCCGACUCCUGCGGCAGCGGCGGCAUGGAUAGCGAGACGGAAACCUCCCACGGCAGCACCCCCGACCGCGGCCGGGAAGACGAGGGCGGGGCGGGCCGCUCCGAGCCCCCCUUCCCGCCCUACCUGUCGUGCCGGGGCUGCGGCCAGCUCCGCGACGACCACCUGGGCGCGUCGCUAGACCUGCUGGCCCCUUACUGCCUGCGCUGCUGCAAGGCGUCGCGGGACGCCAAGGGCGGCGGCGGCGGCGCCGGCGACUUCGCCUUCGGGAGCCUGGCCGGGCUCCACGCGCACGAGCACUCGCCGCCGGACGAGACGGCGGACGGCACGGGCGACGACGACAAGAACAAGCUGCACUCGUGCCACCUGUGCGGCUUCUCCUCUCGCUACGCCAACCACGUCAAGCGGCACAUGAAGACGCACAACGGCGAGAAGCCCUUCAAUUGCCCCGUGUGCGCCUACGCCUCGGCGCAGCUGGUCAACUUGCAGCGGCACCUGCGCAUCCACACGGGCGAGAAGCCCUACAAGUGCGAGAGCUGCGCCUUCGCCUGCAGCUCCCUGGGCAACCUCAAGAGGCACCAGCGCAUGCACACGCCCGCCGGCGCCGGGCCCGAGACGCACGGCGGGCCGCCGCCGCACGCCGCGCUGCGACCCGCCGGCCUCAAGAGAAACAACGUGGGCGGCCACAGAGCCGGCCAAGAAGACGACGACGAAGCGGCCAAGGAGGUGGCGGCGGCCUCGGCCCACCUGACCCUGGCGGCUCAGAACGCCGACUACCUCUCGGCCUUUGAGAGCCUCAAAGGGGCGUCGCCGCAGUCCGCGCCGGCCCCCGGCGACGGCGCGGGCCCUAGAGCGAGCAGGCCGCCGCUAUUCCCCUUCACGUGCCGCCUGUGCGGCGUGGUGCUGGAGGAUGAAGACGGCUCGUCGGCGCAGAUCUGCGCCAAGUGCACGCUGGAGAUGCUCACCAAGGACUCGUCGUCGUCGCCCGGCAGCCCUGGCGAGCGCGGCGACAAAGUGUACACGUGUGCCGCCUGCCCCUUCCUCACGCAUUACCCCAACCACCUGGCGCGCCACAUGAAGACGCACAGCGGCGAGAAGCCGUACAAGUGCCCGCAGUGCGACUACGCCUCGGCGCACUUCGACAACCUCAAGCGGCACCACCGCGUGCACACGGGCGAGAAGCCCUACAAGUGCCACCUGUGCGACUACGCCUGCGGCAACCUGGCCAACCUCAAGCGGCACCAGCGUGUGCACUCGGGCGCCAAGCCCUUCGUGUGCGCCGUCUGCAACUACAGCUGCAACCAGAGCAUGAACCUCAAGCGCCACAUGCUGCGGCACACGGGCGAGAAGCCCUACAAGUGCCAGGAGUGCGGCUACACCACGGGCCACUGGGACAACUACAAGAGGCACCAGAAGAAGCACGGGCACGCCACCGACGGCUGGGUCAAGAUGCCCCCCGCCGGCCCCGGGAGGGACCGGGACGAAAAAAGCGGGCCCCGGGGCGGCCACAGAAAAGAAGCGGCCGGCGGCGCCGCGCCGGCGGCGGACAUGACUUACGUGGCCAGGGAGGGCGCUCAGACUUUACAGCACCCCAACUGGAAGCUGGAAAUGGUCUAAAGACGCCUGUGUCUUCAACAUUUUGAUGCCUUGUCUUCCGUUUUUGUGCUUCUGUGUGCCACCCUUACCCCUGUCCAAGUAGGAAGUCCGAAUGACUCCCGGAUCCUGAGAGGCCGUUGAAAAACGACGCAAUGCAGCGCGAGCGGCACCCCGGUUCCGGUACGCGUCGUCGCUAGCUGCGAGAGAGCGCUAUCAGAGCCGUGACAGAGUACGGUACGGUUCGCUUCAGUUCAGUCGACUUUAUUGUCCCAAAGGAACGCCUGACCACGCCCAAAGUCCCGGUCAGCAUGCUAUCAGGUCUGAGUAAAAAAAAAAAACAAAAAAAAAAAAAUACAUUCUUAAAAUUCUCCCAUCUUCACCUUUCCGUGACGUGCGCGCACACACAACAGACAUGAGGCGUUCUAAAGCGGCCAUGCCAGCAGACCAUUUUCGGUGCGUCGCCAUAGCUAGCUAGCUAGCGAACUGCGCCAGCUAACGGCUGACGUGAACAAAAGCGGUCAAGUUCAUAUGUAGCAGGGGAGGAGUGACUCGUUCGUGCAAAGUGCGUCCCGGGGUCCGUUUGAGCUAUGCUAGAAAAUCUGGAAAACAAACGUUGACCCAACGCUUCACCUCCACAAUCCAUACUGCGUCUUUUUCAGUCUUUACACAUUUUCAGCAAUUGCCUUCAAUCAUGCAGAAAAUAUCAAACUAAUCUGAAUUAUUUUCAGCGUUUUUAGGCUCCGUGUUCUAGCAGACCAUUUGUCCUCACCAGUAACACGACUGGUUAUCAAAAGAUUUGGAAUAACUGCUCAAACAGCUUUCUAUAGAACGAGGAGGGAAAAAAAGGCAGGCAAAUUUCUUGGGUUUUUUCCCGCGGUCCUGACCUGGCAUCUCCCAACUGUUACGGCUCUGAUACCACCCCCAAAAGCUGGAUAAUUGAGUAUGCGUGCCCCUCAUUUUCCACGUCAAUGCCAAAAAGGCAGAAAAAUGGCAUCUUAUUUGCCCCCCCGAUUUAGCACGAGGCAGUGCCCCAAAUCCGCUGUGACUCUAAUGCUACCCCUGAAGCGGAAAAUGGAGCCUGCUUCAUACCCCCGUUCUGCAUUCUAACCCGAACCCUGCGUUAAAAAGGUGAAAAGAUGCCAGAUUUCUGAAAAAAGAAAACCAUUUCCCCACCAAUGGGCCGUCAAAGCCGUCAAAUGGAGUCCGUUUCAUACCUCCCAUUUUGCAUCUGUGCAGUGGGGAAACGAGGCGGACGAAUGCCUUUUUUGGGGGGACUUGCGUGGAACCCCCUCACGCGCAGACAGUGGCCCAAUUGCGACGGCUCGGACGCCACCCCCAAAAGCCGGAGAAGUGACUGCGGCAAUAUGCGAGGGCGGCAUGUGCCUUGAAAGUGAGGAACUCCAAGCAAGUGCUUCUUACCCGGACCGCGGUUAUCGAUUGCUCCGAAAUGGACGAGUCACGUUCUUUAAUGGGACCGAGAGCAGGACAGCUCAUCUUUAAAUGUUUCUUGUCAUCAGUGUGUAGACCUUAACGUGUAUAUUGUGUGUGUGUGUGUUCUGUUUUUCUCACUGUGAAAUUAGCCUGUGGUUUACUUGAAAACAAAAAGAUGGCAUUAUUAGAACGUUAAGCAUGUGUCAUAAUUUUUAUUUUUCUAAUGCUAUUACUCUACUAGAAUACUACAUACCUUAAUAUAUAUGGUAUAUACAUACAGGAUAGGAAGGUUGUGCGUGUAGUUUUCGCCUGAGGAAGUUGAGGAUGAUGCUUUUGUAUGCAAGGCAAAUGUUCCGGGCGGCCGACGCCCGAAUUGUUGUGAUCUCCUUUUAUGCAGCGUCUGUCUCAUCACAGCCUUAACACACCAGUAAAUAAACACCUGUUAUUUCAUGAAAUAUCUAAUGACUUGUCUCCAUACAAUAAAAAACAUACACUAUUUCGUCA